AUCACGGGCCAACUGGUCCGGGCGAACACGUCGAAUAUAGCGUCACUCGAUAAUCGAAAUAUCGCUUUCAUCAGCUGCGACCCAUCCGACUACCCCCCCACUAUCACUGUCGCGGCCGUCCUGAACAGCUGUUUCGAACGCAGAAUCCGCGCCGCAGUCCUCUACACGAAGACUCUCGAUUAUUGCGCUUUCGACAACCGGAGCCGCCAAAGCUUCUCCCAGGUGACGGUAUACAGCAUGAGCAACCCAUCAGUUGCAGACAUGGUCGGCGGCAGCAUCGACAUGUACCCCGAAACAAGCCAACCCGCCCUCAUCGCGAGAACCUCGAUCGCCCAAUCAAUCUACAACGGGACACAGCAGCCACCGUCAUUUGGAUCCGUGUCCCCCUCGUCGGGCGGCGGCUCGCCUCAAUCCACCGCCGUGGCCAUGAUCAUCCUGUACAGCAUCACGGGGGUGAUCACCGCGCUAUUUCUGAUCAUCAUCGUGACAGGGGCGGUCCGGGCGCACCGGCAUCCGGAGCGGUAUGGACCGCGGAACGUGCCGGGUCGGCCGCGGCAGAGUCGGGCGAAGGGGAUUGCGAGGGCGAUGUUGGAGACGCUUCCGAUUGUGAAGUGGGGCGAGACGGAGCCGCCGAAAGAGCGAGACACGGAGUUGGGGAACGCAGCGAGCCGUUCGAGUGAGACCUCUACUGCGGACGGCGGAGCUCCGAAGCCGACGGGCGCUAUCACUGUCUCCACAGGGGGCACGAAUGAGCGAAGUGAGACGGACGGCAUAGACAAAGAGCGGGAGUUAGAAGCGGGACCCAAACCUGAUUCUAUCGUGGAGGAGGGACCCUCGAGAACAAGCCAGGAGCCCAAGGACGAGGGAAUUGGCUGUAGUAUCUGCACUGAGGAGUUCGAGAAAGGCGAAGAAGUGCGCGUCUUACCCUGCGACCACAAAUACCACCCUCAAUGCAUCGACCCAUGGCUCCUCAAUGUCAGCGGAACCUGUCCACUCUGCCGCGUCGACCUCCGCGCCCCCGAUUCUACGGCCGAAUCCCAACUGCAACCCGACCCUUCCGAUCCAUCCACCCCCACCCAGCCAUCUGACACCCUCGCCCCCCCGCCCGUAUCCGCCAACCCUCGCUCCUCCCGCCGCUUCUCCGCCAUCCGUGACCUCCUUAACCGGCACCACAUGCUCACAGCUUCCCGCGAAGAGCGCAUCGCUGCGCUGCAGCUCGUGCGACAGCAGAGCCGGGCGCAGGAGCAGGCGAGCGGUGGUGCGAGUGGCGAGAACGGCGCGGCGAAUAGGAGGAGGAGCCGGGGAUUGACGGCGAGGGUGGCGGACGUGUUGCAGAGGAGAUCGAGGAGAGAGGAAGAGAUGGGCGACGGAGGUGCUUCUGCCUCCACCGCUGCCCCCGAGCGAGAUGCGCCGCGAUGA